AUGAAACUCUCCAACACCCUCCUCCCACUUCUCACCUCCGUCAUUUCCGGCACCUUCGCCGGAGAAUUGAUCAUCGGAGGCAACGACGCCGAGAUCGAAUCCUACCCCUACCAAAUCAGUAUCCAUAUAGACGGCGAACACAACUGCGGCGGCAGCAUCGUCAGCAAAACACACAUCGUAACAGCAGCCCACUGCUUCGCUCAAGUCCAGAACACCUCACAGCUAGGCGUGCGAGCCGGGUCCACCUACCAAGCACACGGCGGCCAGCUCCUCAACGUAUCCAACUUCGCCGUCCACCCGCGCUUCAACGAGUCAACCCUCUCCCACGACGUCGCGGUCAUCAAACUAUCCGAGCCCCUCGAGCUAGGUCCCGCCGUGGCUCCCAUCCGUCUUGCCCCUGCGAACGCCGGCUAUCCCGAAACAGGAGCAAUCACUAACGUGACUGGCUGGGGGAGGACAGACGUGGACACGUUUUUUGUAUCAGAUACACUGCAGGAACUCGAGCUCCCUGUGGUUGAUCGGGGUGAAUGUGCCGAGCGUUGGCUACAUUACGAGGGUUCUCAUUAUAAUGUCACCGACACCAUGUUCUGCUUAAGUACCUUCAAGGAGGGGGAAACUGCGUGUCAUGGAGAUAGUGGCGGGCCUGUUGCUAUUGAUGGCACGCUUGUGGGUAUUGUUUCGUGGGGAAACCCUCUCUGCAACAGUGAAUAUUACCCGGGUGUUUAUUCGAGUGUUUCUGUCCUGAGGGGAUGGAUAGAUAGGCAAUUGCAUGGUUAG